GCUAUGCUGGAAAAGUACGAGAAAGAGUUGGAGCCAGGGAGUGAACUUUUCGCCAGACUUUCCCCUUUCAGCCCUCCGUUGUCCCCUUGGUGACAGGCGGACACAGGAGAGCGCGCGUCGCGCCGGUGACGUCGCGGCCGGUUCUCCGCCAUCUUAGUUGUGGACAGAGAGGCAGCAACCUCGGAGGAGCCGAGGCGGUGCGGCUGUCUAAAUGCUGAGGCUCGGCAGGCGUGGGCUCUGGCUGGGCCUGGCCGCGGCGGCGGCGGCGGCCGCACGGCUGAUGGGCUGGUGGAGUCCCCGCGCUGACUUUCGCCUUUUCAUACCCGAGGAGCUGGCCCGCUAUCGCGGCCGCCCUGGGGACCCGGGCCUCUACUUGGCCUUGCUCGGACGCGUCUAUGUGUCCUCUGGCCGGAGGCACUACGAGCCUGGGGCCCACUAUAGCGGCUUCGCAGGCCGAGACGCAUCCAGAGCGUUUGUGACCGGGGACUACUCUGAAGGAGGCCUUGUGGAUGAUGUAUCUGACCUGUCAUUUUCUGAGAUGCUGACACUCCAAAGUUGGCUUUCAUUCUAUGAGAAGAAUUAUGAAUUCAUCGGGAGGGUGACAGGAAGGUUCUACGGAGAGGAUGGGCUACCUACUCCAGAACUGACCCAGGCAGAAGCCAUGAUCACCAAAGGCGUGGAGGCAAAUAAACAGGAACUGAAAGAGAAGCAGAAGUUUCCACCAUGCAAUGCUGAGUGGAGCUCAACCAGGGGCAGCCGGUUCUGGUGCUCCCAGAGGAGAGAAACUCACGACUUCAUGCUUCAAGCAGCCCUCUUUCCUUCUCUCCUUAGUGGAGGUGUGAGCAGAGACUGGAUUGGCGUCCCCAGGAAGCUGUUUAAGCCAGGUGCCAAGGAGCCCCACUGCGUGUGUGUGAGAACAACUGGCCCCCCUAGUGACCAGACGCCGGACGACCCUACGCACAGAAAUCGUGGGGACUUGGACCACCCCAACUUGGAGGAAUACACAGGCUGCCCACCCCUAGCCAUCACAUGCUGUGUCCCCCUCUGAGCCGGGACCCUGUAUGUCCAUAACCCACAGGGAACCCUCACCUGCCUUUCCCUAAUGGGCCCUUGACUCCUGUGCCCUAGGAUGGCUCCUGCAUGAAACAAGAGGGCCUGGAAGGACUGGGCCAUGCUCUGCAGACAGGACUCAUGCCCCUCCCCAUGGGCUCACCAUUUUGGUGACUGAGGCCCGCGCCUGGCAACCUGCCUAGUACUGGUCGGCCUGUUCUUGCCACUGUUCCCCUAGAUCUCCUCACCAUCAUCCUUUGGAGUUCGCAGGUAUUAAUGGGCACAAAUUUGACCAACUCAAAACUAACUGGACAGACACGCAGAAGGGCUCUGAGCUCCAACAGCUUCCUUCCCACGGACUCCCAGGCUGCCCAGAUCAGCUGCCGGCCUGGGCCCUGCUUGUAACUCCCACCCUGGUCAGGACAUCGGGGGCUACAUCAUUCCCUUACAACUCAGAAACAAGUAGACACAUCCAGAAAAGCCGUAUGAACUAACAGUAUCAACACAACCCUGUUCCGGUUCCCCACUUGCUAAUGUGAGCCCUGACUUUUACGACCUUUCUUAAAAGUAAGACCUCUGUCCUAAGGCAAACUUGAAUUUAUCAAUACAACCAAAAGCCACAUUGAGUUAAUUCGAGCUGGACCAAUAUAGUGAGUGAGAGGUGACAAUUAAAACAGGAUGGGCUAAUUCUGGAAAUGGAAAAGUUUUUGCUUAUAGGGAUGCAGCAAAUCCAGAUGCCUCUGAACAAAGCAACAAUUUAAAGCAAGGGUACUGUUUCUCUUUCAAACACUUAAAAUUAGGGGUGGUGUGUUUUCAAAGGGAGAAGUCUGCAUUUUGAGCAAAAGGUAGUUUCACAGCUCUAACACGGACACUGGCUAGCGCAACAUCAAAGUUUGGGCAAGGCUGCAAGUGCCAAUACAAACAGCCUCAACAGUGGGUGGUGUGUCCAGGGUCAUCUGUAAUCUCCCACACUGGACCAAGUUCAUACCCAUUACCUCCUGGAUUCUAGUUAAGCUCAUGGGGGCAAGGAGGUCCUACCUUACAGGUAAGGAAACGAAUCUGGAGCGAUUACAGGUGCAUGGUCUCCCCAUCUGCGCCUUCACCUCAACUUCUCCCAAUCCCCUCAGCUGUUAAUCUAAACAUUCUCUGUCCUCCCUUUUUGGUCGUUUUUCCUCUCCUUUAUCAUUAAUCUCACUUAAUAGCUUUCCAGAUUCACGGACUAGAAAACGGAGGCUGCCUGCCCUGAACUGGCGUGGCUCGCUGCCCUUUGGCCACAGCUGCUCUUCUGCCACCCAGGAUCUUCCUCACCUGCCUUUCCAGUACCUUUAACCUCUUCCUGCCUCCUGGCUCUUCCCUCUAAGUCUGCAUUCAACAGCUCACUUCCCUUCCCUCCUGCCCCAUCCUUCUGAGGCCCUGUCCCUACUUCCCGUCCCAGCAAAGCUUUGGAAAACGCUGCAUGUGCUCAGCCUUUGCUCCUCAGCCCCCAUUUGCUUGCAACACAGUCGCCCAGCUUCGCCCUUCCCUGCUCCACAGCAGGAUAAAUUCUGUACUGGCAAACCCACGGCCACAUUCAAUUAUUACCUACCUGGACCGGUCACAUUUGAGGGCCCUCGUGAAAGCCUCCCUUGGCUUUUUCCUCAUUUCCCUUAUCUCCCUCGGGGGUUCCUUCCAGCCUCCUGGGAAGCCUCUCCUCCACACGCCUUCCCACCAGCUCCUCUCACUCCUGCGUCAGCUGCCAAGCCUGUCAUCUCGUCCAGGCGGCUUUCCUGACCAUUUCUGCAGGCACCGCAGACUCCACAGUUCUGGCAUUUAGUCUUCAUCUUCUCCCUGGUGAUUCUUCUAGUUCCCCUGGAUGGUUCCACCAUCGCCAUCUUAAAGCUCCCAGUCACACCAAGUAAGAAUCCUGGCCAUCAUCCCCAGCCCCUUCCCUCCUGAGCGCCUCCUCCCGACCAGUCUCCAGGUGCUGGCAAUCCCACCCCCGUACCUGUUCAGUACUCCUCCUCUGGCUGAGGCCUUCCUUUCUCACCUGAUCUAACUGCACUCCCUGCAGCCCAUCCUCCACGCUGCCAAGCCAUCCCCGUGACGUUCAGGGCAUUCUCCGUUUAAACCUCUUCAGUGGCUCCCUUAUCUGUAAGGAUCAGUUGCUAACUCUUCAGCGGCGCACGAGGCCCUUCUAGGGUCCGUCUCCUCUUAGCCUCUGUAUCUCUGCCACCACCUCCCACGUGCACUGAUCCCUCCAGCCUUCACCUCGCUGCUUUAUGCCUGCAACACCUUCACCCAGGCUGUCCCUUCUGCCUGGAAUGACACGUCUUCUUCUCAAUUUUUCUACCUCUUACCUCUUAAUAACUUAGCUCAAUCAAGUGGGAGGCUUCAUUAACCACUGGCCCACCAGUGGAUUUAGAUGCACUUUCCUCUAGGAAAAUAAUACUGUGUUCACUUCUAAAAUAACAAAUGUCACAGUGUCCCGUAACUAUGAAUUUCCUAUCAGCCUCUCGCAUUGGACUGCAGACUCUCUUUGAGACAGGGACCAAGGAUCACUUGGCUUUGUACCCCCAUAUCCACCAUACCUAGGAGACGGGAAGUGUGCACAAUUAGCUCUCUUUUGCAGAUGAGGCAACCAAGGCCCAAAGAACUUAAUAAAGGCACAUAGCGAUGAAGCUGAGCCUAGAACUCAAGGUUCUUGUCCUGAUUCAGUGCUAUCUUCGUGCCUCCAUAGUUUGGUACGUCUCUGCCCUCCCUGGAGCAGGAGAAAAUAAGGAGGCGAACUUAAGUUAGGACCUUAUUCUGAGUUCCACACAGCCCUUGAGGUCAGUGCCUGAGGCAUCCCUGCUGACUCAACCCCAGGCUAACUGGGAACUAGUCACUGCCACUGCUCUCCUUAGUCCUUAGUUAUUCGACAAAUAUUUACCAAGCAUCUGUGUGCCCUGGGGUCGGGGCUGGGGGGAAGCGAGGCUCCUGACCUCAAGGAGCUUGUAGUACAGCCGAGUAAAGCCCUGGUUAGAGCGGCCAGAGGCCACUCCUGGGGUAGGAAUGCAGGGACAGCGUGGAGGCCAGGUCCAGAGAUGUUUAGAUCCUUCCAAAACAAACUGAUAAAGAAAAAGAGCAAAACAAGGCACUUAGCGUCAUCCCAGCCAGGUACAGACCUGAACUCUGGCUGAUGCAAGACCCCUGAGCCCGCAUUUCAGGGCACACUCACCCAGCCUCUGCGGGCCGCCCACUUCCUUGCUCAAUGAGAACUCAUUUCCUUUUUGAUGCCGACCACUUACUUUAUAGUAAAGAGCCUCCUCACACCAGGGCAGUGGGUGAAUCUUCAAAAGAUUUGCCAAGAGUAGGUUGUCAUGUUAAUGAUCCAAAAGGCUCAGCCAUGAGAGGCUAGUGGUUACUGGAGAAAUGCCUCUCCUUCCUCCCUCCUGGGCAAGACUAUGGAGGAGGAAGGUAGUCCCUCCCUGAUAGAAGCCACAGAAAGUUCAGCUCGGGCAGCUAAGACUUGCUGACAGAGGGAAGUGGAGAAGAAAACUAAUACAUGUUGGGCAAACAUGCUGAGCAGGGAGGGAGCUUUAUCUGUUCUCACUGAACCUCGAUGCCAGCCUUGAGAGGGUCUUUUACGGUCCAGAGAAGGGGCAUAAAUUCUCCCACCCCACAUCUAAUGGUUACAACAGUCAUCACACGACAGAGCUGAGCUUUAUACCCAGGUCUUCCCUCUCUGCCACACCAUGAGCAGUGUUAAAGCAAAGGCUGGGCAGCUGCCUUCUAACAUGCUAGAGGAAAUUAUAACGUCUGCCUUUUAAUCCUGAGAUUCCAGUUUUUCUAGAAACACAGAACUAAGAGUGAAGAGCCCAGAAUUUUGUGGCCACAGCUCAGUCCCUUUAACUUGCAAAGGGACCCAUACCAGACCACUGCCGCCAUCCCUAGCUUGCUCAGCUCCAGGACAAACUGUGAUCUAAAAGAUAGACCCUACGGACAGGUUAGGGAUAUCUGUUCAGAAAUCUGUGGAAAUCUGAAUUUCCAUCCUCGAAAGCACUUCCUAUUGCCUGGGCCCCCAGAUUCCUGCAAAUAGGCAGCAGACAUUGCUCCCAUCAGCCCGCACUGGAGGGGACCCUCGCUGUGCACACCAGAAUUCGUGUACUUGCAUGAGAGGAAGGACACAUGACUUACUACUCAUCACCUUCCUCAGGGCAACCCUGUGAGCUAGGACGAACCAUGGUCACUUCUAUUUUACAGACAUAAAAAUUAAGGCACAGAAAUUAUGAAACAUGCCGGUUUGUACUCACAUAUUAUGACAUAAUAUGACCAGUGUUCUCCUCAGGGACGGCUAUUAGGAUUACUUGGGAUUGUUACAUGGAAGCCCCCAACAGUGCCUAUUAAAUAACUCUGAGUAAAGCCACGAGAGAAUGAGCUUUAUCAGUCACCAUAGCUGGUCCGAACCAGGAGUGAGCAAAAUGGAAAACAGGUAAGGGAAAGGAGAACACUAGUUCAAGAAAGUGUGAUGGCGAGGUGAGCUACUAGAUUCGUGCAGUUUGUAUGGGGGGAUUAUGGAUCACUAGAUUUUAACUUGCAAACCCCUAAACUUUCCUUAGUUUCCUCUGAAACCCACAGCACUGGUCCUCCCUUCAGACCAAGGCCAGCAGAAACCUCACCAUGGGGGGAUCUUCUCGAGUUGCUCCUAAAUAACGGAGUCAGGGAGGGAAUUUCCAGGGUCCGUGGGAGAGCUGCAGCGGGGUCAGGUGGCUGCGCCUGGGCAGCUGGGGUCACACACAUCACCAUGAGCUGAAGUCUGGGCCAAGAGCACAGGACGUCCAGGCAGCUGGUCAUUAUGCCUAAAACAGCUGCUUUCUCACUGCUGUCAACCAUGUGUUUCUGAAAAGUGUUGGAAAUUCAGAUUUUCCUAGAGGAUAGUUGUUAAAAGAAACGUAUUCAUAUGGCAGGAGUGUUAAAAUUUUUGUUUGUUUGUUUUUAAUGCUUACUGGUACUUUUUGCAUUAAAAGGAACUACAAAUGUGUUA